AUGAAUGCGUUGCCAGACAUUAGAUACAACUUCCUGGGUACCCUGGACCAUUUUCCUAGUGAGCUGAUAAGAUCCCUUUGGGUUAUCCAGUCGUUGAACUUCAAGAGUGCCGAUGAGACACAAAAGACAAACAAAGAUCUACUACCCAUACAUUUAAGAUCGAAAACCCAAUAUGUACAGGACCUCAUCCAAGAACAGAUUGAUUCGCUGAACCAAUAUCAGGCAGCCCUUCGAUUGCAACGAAAUAUUGUAAAAACGGCAGAACCUGUAACGCCGGCUAGAGCUAUAAAUUUAAGAAAUUACUCUAAACAAGCUGCUACUCCCUCUCAAUUUAAGAUAAAACUUCAUUUGAAGAAGAGACAGGAGCCUAUUGUGGAGCGAUAUUGCUUUUGUAAUAGAGAGUCAUAUGGUGAAAUGAUCGCAUGCGACAAUCCAAAUUGUCCUUAUGAAUGGUUCCAUUACGAUUGCAUAGGUAUGACACAACCUCCAAAGGGUAAAUGGUAUUGCUCACCAAAUUGUAAGAAGCAAGCUUUGAAGUCACAGAUGCAGUUGAACAACCAUAGGAAACAGAAUAAGACGAAAAAAAGGAGGAAGAAAGUGAUAUAA